AUGGCUUACAAAAUAUACAUUGUAUUUUGUUAUAUCGCCGCUGCGUCUGGGCAAUUCGUGGACGAAAUGCAGACUUUUACAAUGGAGUGCCUUGAGGAGAAUGUAUUUGAAUGUCUCGACGGGGGCUGUAUAUUACAGGAUCGGUACUGCGAUGGGAAUUAUGAUUGUAAGGAUGGCAGUGAUGAAAACUUUUGUUCAAAUCACACAGCCAAUGCUGUAUAUUGCAACGAAACGCACCAGUUUGAAUGUGCUGACGGGAAAUCUUGCGUCCCUAACUCUUGGGUGUGCAAUUUUGAACCGGAUUGUGAAGAUGGCAGCGACGAACGUAAUUGCACAGUUACUGUGAUCGCGCCAAAUGCAACAUGUAAAGGUUUCACAUGCGACGGCAACCGCUGCAUAUCAACAUUCUGGAUGUGCGAUGGAGCGUACGAUUGUGAGGAUAAAACUGAUGAAGAUAUUGAGAAUACUUGCCGCCAUGCGUUAAGACCAAGAGAAAUGAACAGCGGUGUGAACUGCAAGAUCGAAAUACCAGGCUUGUAUGAGUUGAAGGAAUACGCGUGUCUUGAUCGAUCGUUCUGUGUUCCAAGGGAUCACAUGUGCGAUGGUAUCAAGGAUUGUAAGGAUGGGAGUGAUGAAGGGACUUUCUGUCAGCAUUGGCACACAAUGUGCGACAAUUUCCCCUGCAACGGUACAAAAUGCGCGCCCGAUAGAUCAGGGCCGUACUGCGAUUGUCAAAGUGCACACAAAAAAUAUAAUUACACUACGCAACACUGCGAGAGUGUGAACAAUUGUAUGGACGAUGUGCCGUGGUGUUCGCAUCAGUGUGUGAGGGCGGCGGACACGUUCAAGUGUGUGUGUGAGCCAGGGUACGAUAUGGAUUUUGCUGGGUACCUUUGUUAUGCGCCAGAUCCCGAAGCUAUGCUUUUCUAUAGCACGCGUAAUGAAAUUAGGUAUAUAAAAGUUAAAUCGAAAACUGAAAGCGUUGUUGCUUCUGGAAUUAAACAGGCACAUGGAGUCACUUAUGAUGGAAAUUUCGUAUACUGGGUUGAAACAGCUCAAGGUCAUCAGGCUAUUGUCAGAGCACAUUUAAAUAACGUAUUGGAAACUAAAGAGGUACUCGUAGCAUUAGGCAUCGAAGACCCUGGUGACAUAGCUUUAGACUAUCUAGGUGGGAACAUAUACUUCACAGACGUGGAAAGGGGUGUGAUCUCUGUCUGCAAAACGGAUGGGUCGGUGUGCAGUGUGUUACACGCUGAUACUAGACGGCCUAGAUAUGUUACUGUGGAUCCGAGGAAUGGUAAAAUGUUCUGGGCGGAUUGGAUGGACAGACCGCUUAUAAUGACAUCAGUCAUGGAUGGUACUCAUCCAGAGAUUCUAGUGGAUGUUCUGGGAGGGUAUGCUACAGGCCUGGCUUUGGAUGCCGCUAACGAUAGACUGUAUUUUGUGGACGGUACCAUCCGAGUGGUGAAGUUGUUUGAUAAGAAUGUUUACUCACUAUUCGAAGAACCAUACCACCAUCCAUACACGAUUUCAAUCUUCGAGAACACAGUGUACUGGAGCGAGUGGACGACGAAAACCAUACAAACGUCAGACAAGAUGCACAGUGACAAACGAGCUUUGCUUGUCAGCCGGGAUGAACCGGUUUUUGAUAUGCACAUAUACCAUCCACUACUUACCCAGCACGAGCACAACCCGUGCGCGCACAAUGGAUGUUCGCACAUCUGCAUACCUACAUCCACCAGCACGUAUGCGUGUGUGUGCCCAGAGGGGAUGGCGCUGGACGGCCGAGUGUGUGAAGCUAUACCAGAAUACCGUCCACAGUACCUUAUAGUAGCUAGCGGGUCUCUAUUCACUCGCAUACAAUACAACAUGUUAGAAAACCCGGAGACACACACCACACAUUUCGAUAUAGCGAGGGUACAGGCGAUGGCGUAUGAUAAUUUUAGAGAUACUUUAUUCUUAUAUGAUGGCCAGAGGAAAUCGAUUAACUACAUCAAUAUGAGCGACUUCACUUUGGGAGUGACGCGUCUUUUUGAAUAUAACGCGUUGGAGAAUGUCAUCGACAUGGGCUAUGAUUACGUAUCCGAUGCGCUAUACAUCUUAGACGCGGGUCGUCGCAUGAUAGAUGUUAUAUCUCUAAGGACGAAACAGAGAACAUUGAUACAUCGUUUCAGUGGCCAAGAGAUACCUGUCAGCUUCUGUAUUGUACCGGAAUAUGGGCGACUAUUGGUGGCCUUAGUUGAAAGUGAAUCUAACAACGAGAUUUAUAUAGACAGCAUGGGACUGGACGGACAGGAUAAAAUGCAUAUACUUACUAAUAAUAUACUAGGUCCAAAUAUCCGUUUAAGGUAUUCUCCUGAAAUGGACAUCGUAUACAUUGCUGAUGAAGGUCAUGGGAUCAUCGAUUAUUUCCACCCUGAAGGCACGGGUAAAACUCACUUCCGCGAAAUAACUACAACAAUCGCGAAUUUAGCCGUUACGGACACACACGUGUUUUGGACGGACAGACAUACACAACGGGUGUACUGGGCUGAUGUACAUAAACAUGGACAUGUUGUACGUAGAAUGGAGUUGUCAAUAUUCCCGAACACGACAUUCCUGCACUUACAAGUCACAUCCCCACCGCCAGAUAUCAAGAACCCGCUAACUAAACACGCGUGUUUCCAAACCCCAUCACCGUGCUCUCACAUUUGUGUGCAAAUCCCACAUCCCAUACCACAAGACCUCGAUAUGGGAUAUAAGUGUAUGUGUCCCAUCGGUUUGGUAUGGGAUGGGGAAGGGUGUGUGGGAUUGGUAGAAUGUAAGCUACAUGAAAGUUAUUGUUAUAAAAGCAAUGAGUGCUACUUGAUGGGAAAGAAGUGUGAUGGGAUUAGGGAUUGUAGGUACGGGGAGGAUGAGGAGAGUUGUCCACCCCACAUCACUCAAAGUUCCCAGUGUGGUUACGGACAGAAGAUGUGUAACAAUAUUUGUAUUGGAAAAAAUGAUAUUUGCAAAGAUAAUGUAGCUACAGUAACAUGCAGUCCAAUGAAAGUGCAAUGUGUGAACACGUCUAUAUGUAUAGCUAAAUCAUCUGUAUGUAACGGUCUGUCUGAUUGUCCCGAAGGCACCGACGAAACGCCCGCCGCUUGUAGCACUAUACAGUGUUUGGAUACUGAGUUUACUUGUACAUCGAGCCCUUGUAUUCCGAUCUCUUGGAAAUGCGACGGAUUUGAUGACUGUGCUGAUGGGUCUGAUGAAAUUAAUUGCAAGCCAAAAAAAUGUGAAGAAGGAUAUUUCCAAUGUGGUGACUUGUCGUGCAUCCCGCUAAGCAAACGGUGCGAUGGCCAUUCUGAUUGUUUCGAUGAAAUGGAUGAAGACAACUGUCAAUUACCGGAAAUUAUUGAAACGAGAACGGUUAUCUGUCAUUUAUGGGAGUUUAGAUGUGAGCACAACUCCAGUAUUUGUUUGCCGUUAACGGCUCGGUGUAACAAGAAGGUAGAUUGCCCCGGGGGCACAGAUGAAGCAGGUUGCGAUUUUCAUUGCGCCCCAAACGGCUUGUACCCUUGUGCCCAAGAACUGAAGUGUGUUACUAAAAACCAGCUAUGUAACGGACGGAAAGACUGUACCGAUGGCUCCGAUGAAACUAUCGAAGCUUGUAUUAAAGCAAACAAAACGCUAGUAUACGACAAAAUAGACGUCAUCCCGCAAACAUGUAACCACGGGUAUACGUGUAAUGACGGGACAUGUGUUGAGUGGCGGCAGGUGUGCGACCACGUGACUAACUGCCGCGAUGGGACUGAUGAAAAGGGACUGUGUUCCACACCCUGCAACACUUCAUGUCCCAACUUCUGUCACCGCACCCCACGCGGGCCACAAUGCGUGUGCCCGCUCGGGUACAAGCCACGUGGUGACACGUGUGAUGACGUGGACGAGUGUGUGAAUGACGUGUGUUCACAUGUGUGUCACAAUAUACCUGGGUCGUUUGUGUGCUCGUGCUACGGAGGUUAUGCUUUGGGAUCUGACCAUCGUUCGUGCAAGGCUAUUCGCGGAGAUGCCACAGUACUGUAUACUAAAGGGGCUGAUAUUUGGUCAGUGUUCGCGCACCACCAUUAUUUGGAAUAUUCGUAUAGUAGAACAAUUGAUGAUCUGGAUUAUGAUUUUAGGAAAAAUAAGUUUUACAUAACAGUAAGCAGUACGGAAGAACUUAUAGAAGUGAAUCGUAACCAGAAAUCAUACACCAUAACUGCUAUAAGUAACAUUGGUAAACCUACUAAGGUUUCUGUAGACUGGAUAACAGGGAAUGUGUAUUUCGUAGAUUCUAAGAUUGCAGCAAGUCAUGUGAGAGUGUGCAACUAUGCUAAGAAAGUUUGCGCUCGGUUGCAAAAACUACCGUCAAAUGCUGAGGUAUCAUCACUCGUAGUAGACCCAACCAACCGUCGAAUGUUCUACUGCAUAGUAGAAUCACAUGAGAGCUACGUACGAUCAGCUUCUCUCACCGGCAGAGAUAUAUCUGAUAUAGGAACUGUGGCUAAUUGUUCUGGAUUAGCAGUAGAUGGGUUUAAACGGAUGCUGUAUGUAAUGGAUAGCCAUACAGGCUUUUGGAGAAUCAGUUAUGAUGGGAAUAAUAGAGUAUUAGUUAUCAAAAACAACGCACACAUUCAAAAUCCGCACAGCCCAGUAUUAUUCGAAGACCACAUUUAUUUCCUAGACAACAACAAGCUAAAACGUUGUUUAUUAUACGCUGCAAAAACUUGCGAAAAUUACUUCCAUUUAAAUGCGUCUAAUUUUAUUCUUCACCAAGAAAGCGUACAGAGGGAUAUAGAUGUGAAAAAUUCGUGUGUGAAUUAUAAGUGUUCGAAUGUGUGCGUAAUGGAGGCGAAGCCGAUGUGUGUGUGCGCAGAUGGAGCGUUGGCUGCUAAUGGGAAGUGCCCGUUGUUAAAGCAAAAUGAGCUUCUAAUGAUAAACGGCCAAAUCCAACAGGACCCGAUACGCCAUUCCGUCACAUUUACACUCACUAUCAUAGUACUUGUGCUAUUCGCGAUUUAUAUGUGCGUGUUCGUGCAUUACCAUUUCGUUACUAAGUGUAAGAACCGUAAUGGGACUUAUAUGCAAGUAAGAUACCACAAUAGACCCGAUGCCAUGACCGACUUCACGAAUGCGUUUGCCGAAGUGCCAACUGCAGGAGGUAUUGGCCAUCAAUUCGUUAACCCGCUGCUGUACGUCAGAACUAUGUGGCAAGAUAAGUUCAACAAAAACAAGCCUAUUGGUACAGCUGGUCUCACUUUCGACACGCAGCAAGAUUUAUCAGACACAGAGUCUGAUCUAGAUUUAAGAGAUACAAAACAAAUGCUACGAAACAGAUAAAUAUAAUUUUUCGUGUUAUUAAUAAUUGAAAAUAUUUUUAUUUGCGUAUUUAUUCUGCAGGCAGAAUA